AUGUCUCGGUUGGCUGGCUGGAUCGUGUUGGGUGGACCAAAUGACCACCUCUCCUCUCACACUCUCCUUGCUCCCCUUCCUCCCACUGCCCACCUCCCCGUCACACUUCUCCUCCCCCUCAGAUCCACGUACGACACCAGGGCCAUCCACGUGCGGCAUCAGAACAGCGGCUUCUGGUGGCGGGCAGCGGACGGGAAGACGUGGAGUGGCAGUGUGGCGACCAGCAGCGACUUUGACCAGCCGGACGUGUCUCAGGCUCUCACUGUCAUUCGAGUUAGCGCCACCACGAUCAAGCUGCAGACCCCCAGCAGCACGUUUCUGUGCAAAGCCCCUCCCUCCCCACCCAACGCGUCGUACCCGAGAGGCAUUCUCACCACCACUGCCGAUGCCACCGAUCCCCUCGCCACCUUCACCAUCAUCCCCAUCCCCAACUCCCGCCGAGACACCACCUUCUCUGCUGAUGCUGCUGCUAGUGCUGGUACUGCUGCUGCUGUUGCUACUUGUGCUGCUGGUGACUCAACCCCUUCCUUUUCUCCCCCCUUCCCCCCCCCCCACCACCAGAUCAAGCUGCAGACCCCCAGCAGCACGUUUCUGUGCAAAGCCCCUCCCUCCCCACCCAACGCGUCGUACCCGAGAGGCAUUCUCACCACCACUGCCGACGCCACCGAUCCCCUCGCCACCUUCACCAUCAUCCCCAUCCCCAACUCCCGUAGAGACAACACCUUCUCAAUUGAUGCUGCUGCUGGCACUGGUGUCAAUGCGGGAGCGGGCGGCGACGAGUGGCUGGAUGUGCGCGAGGUGAUGACGGUGCCUGCCAUCCGCGGCGUGAAUCUGGGCGGCUGGCUGGUCGGCGAGGAGUGGAUGAACCCGAAAACGUUUCAGUACAUGGCGUGGGGGGAUGGCACACGGGUGAGUGAGCUUACGAUGUGUGAGGUGCCUCAAAAACUGUACACUGUGUGGGGGGAUGGCACCCAGGUUACAUUCCAGUCAACACCCACAGACAUGUACAGCAGUGCAGUCAGCACAGGCAGAGAACCCAACUGUCUGUUCAUUCGCACCCUUUCACUCCCUCCCAUUCCAUGUCCCCGCGCCCACCUCCCAGGUGACAUUCCAGUCACAUUCCAGUCCACCACCACAGACAUGUACAUCAGUGCAGUCAGCAUGGGUGCAGAUGCUAAGCUGGAGUGUAACGCGGCGGCGGUAACCAUGUUACAAUACUUCCAGCUACUCACCGUGCCAGGCGCUGCAGAGAACGUCCGCCAGGUGGUGGGGCAGAUGGGGCAGUACUGGGGCGUGUAUACAGGCGCUACUACAGUGUGGACCAGGGACAACGAGGCACAGGGCAGCAACAACUCCUUCACACUGCUGCUGCUGGGGGCACAGCUGACGAGAGACAUUCCCAUGAACGACUCUCUCAGAGUCAUGAUCCAGGCUCCCAACGGGCAGCUGCUGCAGGCGCACGAGGACGGCACCUUAACAGCCGACUACAGCUCCAAUGCCACCAAUGAAACGCUCUGGUCGGGGCCAGCUGUGUUCUUCAUGGACCUGGUGAGCACAGUGCAUGGCGACUGGCAAGCAGCAUACACAGCAGGCCCAGAUCAAGCUUCAACCCUCUUUGACUCGGUGCAUUCGAAGCUCAUCACAGAGCUGGACUGGCAGGACAUGAAGGCGAGGGGGGUGAACACCGUGUACUGGGCGUUUGAGAUGGCGGCUAAGUAUGGCCUGAGGGUCUGGCUGAGUGUGCAUGUUGCUCCUGGGUCGCAGAACGGAGCAGCGUUUUCGAGAGACGGGUUGAUCCGAUGGUCCGGAUUGAAUGUUGACCACACGCUCGAUUUCGUCCGUUGGAUUGGUGACAGGUUCGGAGGGAAUCCGAGCCUGUUUGGCGUGGGGCUGCUGCAUGAGCCUGUCGCCCCGUCGUACUAUGGAGUAUUGGGUGUAGACGGGGAUGAGCUGCGGGAGUACUACAGGAAAGCGCAUGACCUUAUAAGGGAGCGGUGCGCGUGCUGCUUCGUGUCGAUCGAGGGGCGUGUGGGGAAGAGCAUGUGGGACGUGGCGUUUCACAUGCUUGACACGUGGCACCCCAAUGUGCUGUAUGAAACGCACCUGUAUAAUAUGCUGGCGGGCAUCCCGAUGGCUACCAGGAAGCUUCCUCAGCUGGUGGAGUUGGAGAUAGGGGAGGAGCGGAGCAACAGGCCGACGCUUCUGGACAGCGCACAGAGCGUGAGUGUGGCAGUGCUGGUUGUGUCCGGCUCCCAACUCACCCUUGCCUCGCUCACCGCUGUCCCCCUCCUUCCCCCCACGCCGCCAAAUUCCCCUCUCCUCCCCCACUCCAUCCCUCCCUCCCCUUCCACCCCCCCUCCCCCUUGCCCCUCCUCCCCCCACCUCAACCCUGCAAAUAGGCCGACCCAUUCUGAUUUUUUGAGUCGACUCAAAAAUAAGCCCACUCUCCGUCCCCCCCUCACCCUGCAGACAGGGCGGCCUAUCCUGGUGGGCGAGUUUGGAGUGGCGAUGGCAAGUCUGGGUGCCACAGAGGAGCAGCAGAAGGAUUUCACUCUAGCUCAGAUGCAGGCGCUGGGGCAUGCGACUCAUGCUCCCGUCCGCCUCUUCAUCAUAGGGCGGCCUAUCCUGGUGGGCGAGUUUGGGGUGGCGAUGGCGAGUAAGGGCGCCACGGAGGAGCAGCAGAAGCAGUUCACUCUAGCUCAGAUGCAGGCGCUGGGGCAUGCGCAGGCAGGAUGGUUCUUCUGGUCCUGGAAACUCAAUGUCACGG